AUGGGCUUUCUUCAACGCGUAGCCACUACCUACAUCUUUCUGCUGGUUCAAGUCAGUCUACUUGUUUAUUAUUUGGUAAGGCUGGUUUUUUUCUUUUUUUAAAGUUUUGUGAGGGUAUUGCAUUAGAAAUGGCAGUUUUUUGAGCUCUAGUGAUCAUUUUUGAUUUUGCGAGCUGCGCCCUGGCUUUAAAAACUAUUUUUUAGAAAUAAUGUUAUUAGAUUGUUCAAAUAAUUCUGAGCCCUUUCUCAAAGCAAAUUUUCGGAGUUAGAGGGCAUUAUUUGAACAACUCUGGAGGGCUCAGAAUUAUUUGAAAAACCUAAAGGUUUUUACUUUUUUUUAGGUUUUGACAUUUUUCAGGACGAUGGCAUGAAAUCCGAGCCACUGAUGGUAUUCAUGGCGUUCUGGACCUUUGACUCUUUGAUUAUCUUAUCAUUGGUGAUGAAGUGUAUGCGCAAGUAUAAUGUUUGUGGACUACAUGACAGUGUCAGUGAAGAGGACGAAUCGGAUGAAAACAAUUUGUCUUCUACCAUUUACAAUUGUUGUAAGUUGAUUUUUUACCUAUUUUUAUGGUUUUAGGCUAUUUUAUGGGAUUUUAUGCUGUUUUGAAAGUAAAAUUUGGGCGCAGCUUGCCUUUGUUUUUUUAUGUGAUCAAACUUGUACUAAAAGGUUGAGAUUAGUUAUUUUAUCAACACUUGUUCAUAUGUUAUACUUUUCUUGUUGAUUUUUUCAAUUUUAAAGCUGUCUUUUGAAAGAAUACAGGAACUGCAGCCUGCGGAGCCAAUGUUAUACGAUGAAAGAUGUCCUUAAGGGUAAAAAGGCUCAAAUCUUUCAAAAAUGAGUAUUUAUGGCGAUUUUAUAGCUAUUAUUUUCUAUUCAAUACCUAUUUUUUCGCUAAAAACUGCUCCGCAGCUUGUAAGGCCAAUGUUAUACGUUGAAAGGUGUCCGGGGCAAAAAUUUUUACUUUUUUUGAAAUUACUGAAAGAUAUGGGUAUUUUAGUUGAUUUUUCAUGGCAAUUUAAAAUUUUUGAGUUUUCAAGUUUACUUUUGACAUUUUUCAAAAUCUUUUCGAAAAUUUCGAAAUUUUAAUUUUUUUAAUUUUAAAAUUUUAUUAAAAUGUUGAAAUUUCAAAACCUAAAGAAGCUUUUCCAGCCAUUUUCACAGCCAAACUCCUAUUCGAAAUCAUGUUGUACGUUCUGCUCAAGACCAAAGAGAACAGCAUCUUACUGGUACUGGUACCAUUGUGGUCGUUUUUAAUCCUCGCCAUCGGUCGAUUAUUCCAUUCGGUGGUCGAGCAACACUACAAAACCUCAUAA